CUAAGCUAGCUCGGUUGUCCCUGCACAACACAAUUUUCUCUUCUAAGUAUAAGAGAGAACUCAGAAAAGUAUAGUGCCACCAAUUGUCAUAUAUAGGGCUUGUCUGGCUACUGCGAGUACUGCGACGACCAUAUAAUACGCAGGGGCUUUUGUAGCGGAUCAAAGCGUAAUAAAAUUACUUGGGUGAACAAGCCCAUACACGCUGAAUAGAUGCUUUGCAAACUCAUUAACACGGUGGCCCUGAUCAACCCUUGAGCCAUCGUGGUCAUCAAACAAAAGCCGUUUGGUCUUUUACUUGAGCAGACAUCUAUUUUUUUUUCUCUUUCCUUUUUUUUUUUUUUUUUUUUUUUUUAUUUAUUUAUUCAACAACCCGGCCCCUGCGUUGUUUCUCCUUCCUGGACAUUCUGCCCUGAGCCCGCCUGUGGUGGGGUUCAGAUCACGCUGGUCACUGGAUGUGGCCCUUCGGGCCCACGGCCCAAUUAUCAGUGGUGCCCAGUUUAUUUACAUUGUACCUAAUAACUUCUAACGAGGCUGGUCAUUGAUGAUUACGAUCGUACUUCGCUUCAGGUAAGGAGAUUGGUGUUAUGGACACUUUCAUGAAAAACAAUGGAUCAAAUAAAACAAGUCAUGGAAUCUUAUGUCCAAGUGAUAAUGUAGAAAACUACAAUGACAGCAACAUAUUAUCAAAAAAAGGAUCAGAUAUAUUGAAUGUACGCAUUGGAAGCUGCACAGAAGAAACAGAUGAUAAACCAGAACUCGAUAUCAUAAUCAGAAACGUCGUUUGUAAUUUUAGUCUUAGAUGUCACUUGAAUUUACGAGAAAUAGCUUUAAACGGUUCAAACGUUGAGUACAUAAGAGAAAAUGGAUCAGUCAGAAUGCAGUUGAGGAAACCACGUGCUACAGCAUUUAUUUACUCCUCGGGAAAAGUUACAUGCUUUCGCGCUACAAGUGAAGAUGAAGCAAAGAAAGCUGCUCGACGAUGUGCUAGAUCUCUGCAAAAACUUGGUUUCAAUGUACGAUUUAAUAACUAUAAAAUUACAAACGUACUUGGAACUUGCACGAUGCCUUGGGCAGUCAAGAUUAUUCCAUUUUCCGUUCAUCACAAGGACUUUGUCGAGUAUGAACCAGAAAGACAUCCUGGAGUUAUGUACAAAUUAAAAGAUCCUAAAGCGUCUUUAACGAUAUUCUCAACUGGAAGUAUUAAUGUACUUGCUGAUAGUGUAAAUUCAGUACAAGCAGCAGUAGAACAUAUUUAUCCUCUAGUAUACGAAUUUCGAAAAGAAAGAUCAGUAGAUGAACAACUUGCUCUAGAAAAAAGAAAAAAAUUAGUUCCUAGGAUCAAAGAAACUGCCAUUGAUGAAAAUGCAGAUGAUGAAAAUUUUUUAGUUGAAUACGAUGAUGAAUAUGACAAUAGUGAUCCUUGAUUGUCGUAAAAUGUUUCUGAAAAUCAUUCUAAUCCAUCAUUAUUUUUAAAUUUUAAAAUAAAACUUUUCAUUCAAAUGUAACACAUGGUAAUUAAAUAAUGUAGACUUAUUUAAUUAGCAAGCUAAACAUUUUGAUGUGUGGAAUUUUUUUACGAUUUUAUUUAUUGUUAUUGUGAAAUUUAAAAAUAAUGAUUCGGCAAGCAAAGCCACUGGUGGCACUGCCGAGAUGUCUCAUACUUGAACUCAACCCAGUCAUCAAUUUAUAUUGUGCAUUAAAUAAUUACAUGAUAGUACACAUACAUAUUUUUAAUAAACAACUUGAUCUCGUAGAUAUUUUCACACGCGUACAUCUACGAAAUCCCUUACAUACACAAUUUAUCGGAAACUCCAUUGUUUUACUUGAUUGCCGCGGUAUUUAAAACAUCUGAAUGGAGUCAUAGUUUUAUACCUUACAGAAGCUCUGCUACAUAUAAGUAGUAUUUUAAGUACAUCUCCCUAAGACCUGAAAAGCUAACGUUCAAUUGUGAAGAAAGUACAUUUAGAAAUAGUGACACCUUCAAUACGAUUAUACUUUUGUACAGUGGGUGCUACAAACGUCUUAUGUAAAUGUGCACCUUUGAAAUGUCGAUUGAAACAAAACCACUUUUCAGAAACAUUAAACGACAAUAACAUUAAUCUAGUGUUGUUAAAAAUCAUAAUAAAGUUUUUGUGAUACCAUUGAAUUUUUUUUAUUUAACAUAAGUAACACUUUCAUAUAAUUCACUAUUGUACAUGAAUCCGCUAUGAUAUAACGUUUGUA